AUGGUGGGCGUUCUCGAAGAACAGCGCUACAUCCACGAGGAUCUCGAGCGCCUCGAGCAAGGCAUCGCAGACCGCAUCAGUGAAGAACCAAAACACAUCCGCGACCGCCUCAACCGCGACCACGAGAUCAGCCAGCUGCUCGACCAGAUCCAAGCGCAAUCCGUUAAGCUCCUCGACAUUUACAAAGAUGCAGACGGUCAGCGGUCGCGCGAAAUUCAGAGCAUCGGCACGGGCGACCCGUUUGAGGAGUUCUACGGCCAGCUGAAGGAUGUUCGCGACCACCACGCCAAAUACCCCAACGAGCAGGCCGAGAACUCGGAGCUGCGAUACCGCGUCAAGAAACCCACCGAGGGCGAGCUAAUGCCCUACGUCGUUGACCGCAUCUUCACGGGUGAGGAAGGUUUUGGGCGAUUCUUCGACUUGCACACCUGCCACGAGUCCUACCUCAACCUCCCCAACGUCAAGCGUUUAUCCUACCUGCAGUACCUCGAAGUGUUUGACAACUUCGCCCCGGGAUACGGAGGCCUGAAGAGGAACGAGAAGUUGACGGAUCAGUACUUCAAGUACCUCGGCGAGCUGGCGGAAUACCUCGAAUCCUUCAUGCGGCGGACGCGACCCCUGGAGAACCUCGACAAGGUGUUUUUGGGCUUUGAUAAUGACUUCGAGACGGCCUGGGAGAAGGACGAGGUACCAGGAUGGCAGAAGGAGGAAUCCAACGGCAGUACUGGUAAGGAACUGAGCACGGCGGACGCUAUAUGGUGCGACGACUGCGAGAAGGAGUUCAAGAACGAGAAUGUCUACAAGUCACAUCUCACUGGACGGAAACACAUCAAGGCGGCUGAGGCGAGAAAAGCACGACAAGAAGAGGACGGGGGCGACGGCACGACAAACGGCGGCGGCAGCGGUGCAAGGGUUUCAGCUACAAGAUUGAAAGAGAGGGCAGUCGCGGAGCGCGAGUACCGCGUGAAGCGUCUCGCGGCAGCCAUGUCCACGGAACGCGGCGACACGCGUGUGAACGUGGAGCGCAAGCAGGGUAUGACGGAGCGCGAGCGGCAGCAGGAGCUCGAGAACCUCAUGAACCUCUCCUCAGCGCCCCCCGGCACCUACAACGGCGCGGGAGACGGCGACGAGGACGGGGAUGAAGACGGUGACGAUGGCGAGGAGAAGAUUUAUAACCCGCUUAAACUGCCCCUCGCAUGGGACGGCAAGCCCAUUCCCUUCUGGCUGUACCGUCUCCACGGCCUCGGCGUCGAGUUCCCCUGCGAGAUUUGCGGUAACUUCGUGUACAUGGGCCGCAGGGCGUUCGACAAGCACUUCAACGAAGCUCGACACGUCCACGGCCUGCGGUGUCUCGGCAUCACCAACACGAGUCUAUUCCGCGAUAUCACGAGCAUCGAGGAGGCCGUCAACCUGUGGGACAAGAUCCAGCGGGAGACGAAGAAGACAAAGGUCGACGAGGGCAGCAUCGUGCAGAUGGAAGACGCAGAGGGCAACGUCAUGCCCGAGAAGGUGUAUUACGAUUUGCAGAAGCAGGGUCUGUUGUAG